UUUGGAAGGUUUCCACAAUUGGUUGCUGCUUUUUUGGCUCUCGACUUUUUCGACUUCAAUGUCACAGGAAGACCCAGACGUCGACUUGCGGAAUCUUACAUAUACCGAUAAUAUCAACGCCAAUCUUAUAUGCUGCAUAUGUCAAUCGCCGUUUAUUGACCCAGUCAUUUCUCCUUGCGGGCAUACUUUUUGCAGGACAUGUAUAUGCAAGGCGCUUGAAACAUCGGACAUUUGCCCCAUUGAUCGAUCGGCUUUAUCGUUAUCUGAGCUGCAACCUGCAGUGAAGAUCGUUUGUAACAUGGUGAACGAAUUGAGUGUUUAUUGUCCGCGGGCGGAACAAGGUUGUGAAUACACUGGACAACGUCAGUUAAUUCAAGGUCAUUUGAAACACGAUUGUCUUUACACAUUGGCAGCUUGUCAACAAGAAGAAUGCAAGGAGCUGGUUCUCAAAAAGGAUAUCCAUCGUCAUGCCGAAACUUGUAAAUAUCGAAGGGCACAAUGCAACAUGUGCAAAAAGCAUAUGCGGGCAUUUGAAUUAGAGGAUCAUCAUAAACUUUGUCCCGCAGAAACCAUCCAGUGUCCUCACUGUAACUCUUCACGGUCGAGAUCGCAACAUGCAGCGCAUUUAACGGUGUGUCCUCAACACCCUGUUUCUUGUCCCCAUGCAGAAUUUGGAUGUCAGUGGACCGGCGAACGACAACAACUUGAAACAACUCAUAUUGAACACUGUGCUUACGAAGGGAUUAAGCACUAUCUGUACAAGCAAAAAGAACGAGAACAGACGUUGCGUGACGAAUUGCGGUUGGUGCGAUCGGAAAACGAUGUAUUGAAACGGCGUCAAGGAGAACUGCAUCAACACAUCGAAUCACUUACGGAUCAAUUGUCGUUACUGCUACCUCAAGAUCCCGGCUUGCCAGAAGAAGCGCGACCGAAUUUGCAACAUUCUGUCUUGAGCGAAACACGCCGACUAAAAAACGAAGUCGACGAACUGUCCGCGAAUAUGCAGUCCCUCGAAUUGAAGCAGAAUGUGGCCCUGAUGGAAGAGACGUUUCGAUUGCAAGAAGAAAUGCAAGCACUAAGGGCGAUAUGCCAUGGUAUGCGUAUGCAAAUGCAUUUUGUCAUGAUGGAACGAAGAGGAAGCAACACGGCCUCUUCCAGUACUUCUGCACCUGUGGUGAGCAAUUCGACAUCCUCUGUCACCGAUACCAACGCAUCCAUUUCGGCCCUAAGUCGAAUGCGCUCUUGGCUUGAUACGUCCGGCAUCCGACAGGAAACCAAACUGUAGAGUCACUACUUCUUUUUUUUUUUUCCCAAUUCAAUCCGAUUUUUUAUACCAUCUUCCGAUCCACCUUGAUGUCCCAUUCUUUUCUCUUUGUUCUUACUCCUCUUUCCCUCAUCUUCCUCAAUUACUUUAAUUCUACUAUAUGCAUAUAAAGUAUAUAAAAUGCAGAGAUUAUUCAUGAUGUGCAGAUGUGUUUUAUUUU